GCUGCUUUUACUUCUUGUUCUGCUGUUCGUACAAACGACAGCGACGAAGCUAACCGUGAUGUUUUUCGUCUUUUCCUGUUCAGAACCUGCCCGCCGGUGCAGACAUUAUGGGAUCUCUCAAACUCACCUAUAUCUCCAAGGUCAGCGAUGCCACCAAACUCAGACCGAAGGCAGAGUUCUGCUUUGUCAUCAACGCCGGCAUGAGGAAGUUCUAUCUGCAGGCCAACGACCAGCAGGACCUGGUGGAGUGGAUCAGCGUCCUCAACAAGGCCACCAAGAUCACCGUGCCAAAGCCCGGAGACGCCCACGCCGCCCACGCAGAGACUCCCCAGGAGGUUCUCGGAGCCAUGAAGCAGGUCUCCUACAAGACGGAGAUCAUCGGAGGAGUCCCCAUCAUCACAGCCACUCAGGAGCAGGGCGAAGGGCAGAACGGCGCCGAGCGAGGCGGCGUGAAGCGAGGCCAGAACCAGCUGCCCUACUUCCUGUCCAGAGGAGCUCAGGAUCAGGCCGUCGUCAAGGCUGGAUACUGCGUCAAGCAGGGAGCUGUGAUGAGGAACUGGAAGAGGAGGUACUUCAUGCUGGAUGAAAACGCUGUCAGCUACUACAAGUCUGACCUGGAGCGUGAGGCGCUCCGAGUGAUUCCUCUGAAGGAGAUUCACAAAGUCCAGGAGUGCAAACAGAGCGACCUGAUGAUGAGGGACAACCUGUUUGAGAUGGUCACCAGCUCCAGAACCUUCUACAUCCAGGCCGACAGUCCAGAGGACAUGCACAGCUGGAUCAAGGCCAUCUCAGGGGCCAUCGUGGCCCAGCGGGGCCCCGGACGCUCAGCCGCCACUGAGCCCAGUGACCACUCCCCUCCCUCCCCAGCGUCCUCCUCCACCUUCUACUUCCCUCUCGACCCUCCGCCCUCCUCCGACUCCCCCCCAGCGGGUGCUCAGCCUCGCCCUGGACUCCCGCCACCAGGAGAACUUCCUGGGCCUGCUGCCGUGGCGACUGAGCGGCGUGCAGUCGGUGAUGCUGCCGGCGGCUCGAUCGCGUUUGUCGCUUCAGGAGACGCUGCAGCCUUCCAAGUGACGGGCGAUGGGUCGCCGUGGGAACGCAGGGCCACCCAGCCGAGGCCGAACCGCCGACCCUCCACCGCCGCCGCCGCCGACCCCGACCUGCAGAUGACCCUGAUCUGAUGACGACUGACAAUCUGGCGGAUGAUCCUCCUCACACUUCCAGGGACCAGUUCUUUUGUAUGUUUGUGCACAUUUGGGAUUCGUCUUCCUCGUGUAUUUGUUACUGUGUGAUUCUCCUGACAAACAACAACACGUGUUUGUUGUCGUGCAAAAAAAACAAAACAAAACAGGGUGUACAGUUUGAUUGAGAAACAGACGAACCAACCAAAGGGUUUUUGUUGUUGUUGGUUUUCGAGUCACUUCUGCUGUUUUAGAAAUCUGGAGGUUUUGAGAAACUGACUAAUCCAGAUUCUCGCUUCCUAAUUUAAGACAAUCCCGCGUUGAUACUCCGUAAUCCUGCAUCUCCACUGCAGAGCUGUUACUUCCUGUUUUCUCUCACCUCAUGUAAAAAAGAAAAAAGAAAAAAAGGUUUUGCUUUAUUUAGAGCACCGAGGUCCAGAUUCACAUUCAGCAGCUUCUUCGGUUCUUCGUUUAUUCGUUGUUCGGCGGUUUUUCACGGAGCAGAAAAUGCAAAUAUUAGAAGUAGAGGCCAUUCAGUCAGCAACCGAUGAGAUGAACAGAAGAAGAUGUGAUAUGAACACUAAAUACGAAGCUGCCUGCAGGUGUGGAUCGGAGCACAUGUUUACAGCAGAGUAGGAAAAAGCAGGAACUUAUGCUGCCCUGGUUCUAGAGGGACGGUUCCUGCAGUCAGAACAUGUGAAGUUCCUGCAGUGCGUUCACCAACUCAUGAGGUUAAUGAGCAGAUUCCUGCACACGGUCCAGUUAGAAAGGCUUCUCCUGACCAACAUUUAGCACCGAAACUUAUAAUAAACGUUUUUAGACAGAGUAGAGCUGCAGCGAUUGACUCGAUUAGAUGUCAGCUGGUAAAUCAAUCGGCUUUUCUAAUUCUUUAAAGUUUCAGUUGGACGUUCAGUUGGAGGUCUUUGUAGUUUGACGGAGUGGCAGCCAGAAGCUAAAACACCAGAGUCUGUAGUUGCAGCGACUGAAUGACUGAAUGAAACCUGAUUAACGAAGCUGCAGGACGAAGCCAUUAGUUCAUGAAGAUGAAUUCUUUGAUUGCAGCUGCUUCGAUGUGAAUAUUUUCUGGUUUCGUUCCUCCUCCGUGACAGUAAACUCUUUUUAAUUCUGACGUUUUAGAGACCAAACAACAGCCUGAUUAAUUGAGAAAAUAAUAAAUAGAGAAAUAAAUGCAGCUUGCAGCUGUCGGGAGAUGUGCAGGAAUCUGUUGAAGCUGUUGUGCCAGGAGGUUCCUCGCUGUCAUCACACCGCUUUAGAAGUUGUUUAUGAGCCCAAAGUAGGUUGAUUUUAAAGCUGCAGUCAGUUAAUACAACUGAGAGCUGAAGGAAGACAGCAGUGAAGCAUCGUAGUCGGGUUUAGCUCCUCUAACACCAGCAUGUUAGCGUUCUGCUUGUGUUUGUUGUACGUUGCGAGGCUUUUAUCCAACUUCAGCGUCAAGCUGUGGUAGAGAACAUGUCGGGAGACCGAAACCUCGUUCGUAAUUCGUUUAAAAAUGUGCAGGAAAAGCCAAACUUUGAUCACAGUUGGUGGGUUCUUUGUGCUGUUUUGUUUUGUGAGCUGCAGAGACGUGAGGAGCUUCUGAGUUCCUCCAUCUGCUCCUCUCGCUGCCUCGCUUCGUUUGGUUUCCUACAAAAUGUUUCAUUCACCAACAAACGAAGCGAAAACAGCAAAUCUGCCAAAGUCUGAGGUGCUUCGAUCGAAUCUGCGUUUAAGGGUUUUUUUAUGAAUGUGGUGAAACAGCAGCAGAAGCUGAUUGGGGCUGAAGGCUUCCUUCAUCUCACCAGCUUCUCCUCCAGCCGUCCUCAUGCUCUGAUGGAGACGUGAAGCCAAACUGCUGCGCUGGUUCUGGGUGGUUCUGUUGUUCUGAUGUGCUUUUUGAUGACGAUAUUUACAGUGAUGGAUAAAAAAAAACAAAAACCUACACAUGUAUGUUGUUUACUGACUUUUCUACAGACGUGUGCACGGCGGCGUGCACGCUCACCUUCACCCCGUCGCCCUCCGUCAACAUAAGCUGGUAAAGUGCCUGCGUUGUUCUUUCUAAAGAGUCGAUGAGAGAUGAGAACAGAAGAUGAUGAUGUUGAGCUGUUUUGACCCUUUUUAUUGUGAUUCUAAGACCAUGUGCUCUAUUUAUUAAAAGACAUUUGAACACAA